AUGAAGUUCAAUCACUCCCUUCAGUUCAAUGCUGUCCCUGAGUGGAUCUCUAAAUAUAUCGACUAUGGAGCACUCAAGAAACUGACUUAUCAGCUUGAGAAAGAAGCUGUAGAGGCUUCUGGACGCGAUGCCGAGUCAGCAGUCUUGAUUGAACAUGAUCCUGAAGCUGCAUUUCGAAGAGUUCUUGAUAUAGAACUAGAAAAAAUUGAUCUGUUCUAUACGGAGACUGAGUCGAAGAUUUUCGAUGACCUGGAUUAUGUCUUAGCCGAUGCUAUCAAGUAUGAGCAAAGGCUAGCAGAUGAGCAUGUAUUCACAGCUGCUGAUGGCGUCGUGCAAGAUGAUCAAAAGUAUCUAUUUCCUGUUCGAAGCACUUCUCAGGCUAGCUCCAGUGGUAGAGGAUACAGUCAAAGCUCGGGCCGCAGAGGAAGCGGAUCUUCCGGAGAAUCGCUUGACCAAGAGGAUGAUGGCGGUUCUGAUCCUGGUUCCAAGGCAUAUCCCAGCCUAUUAGCACCUACUGGAUCAGGUCACCAAGAUGCUGACACUAGUAUUGAUGAGGAUCAUGUUCAUUUAGAAGAAUCCGACCCUCGGCCCUAUUAUGCCAGACGAAGACGGUCUCGAAGCGCAUCCGUUGGUGUUUCCGCCAACUCGCGACCUCGUCGAGGUAGUGCCGUCGAUAUUCGUGAUAUGUAUCUGUUAUCAGAUCAUCUCAUCACUUUAAAGAAAAGAACAAGUGCAGUCUAUGUUUCUCUAAGUGAACUAAAAUCAUACAUUGAUCUAAACCGAACCGGUUUUAGAAAGGCCCUAAAGAAAUUCGACAAGACUCUCCAUUGUGAGCUUAUGUCUACUUAUAUGGAAGAAGUUCUUGGCAAGAGUUAUGCCUUUAGCCAGGCCACGACCGAAGCCCUGGAUAGUAGAAUCGCUGAAGCGGUCUCUCUUUAUGCACGACUUGCAACUAAUAAUGACGUCAAGACUGCCGGGCAACAAUUGAAACUUCAAUUGCGGGAACACAUUGUCUGGGAACGGAACACUGUUUGGAGGGACAUGAUUGGCAUUGAACGACAGACUCAGGGUACUUUUGCGACCCGUAAUGAUAAGCCGGAGGCGGCUGAGUUUGUUAGUAUACUAGGAGUGUCGGUCCCUGCUGGUCUUGUGUCUGCCUCGACUUUGAAGGUUCUGAUUAUUAGUUCAUUAUUUUUUGCUAUUUUACUUUUCCCCAUUCUUGAAGUGCAAGUACAAAACAACUGUUUGGCGGUGGUUAUUGCCGCAUCCUUGUUCUGGGCUACUGAGGCAAUGCCAUUAUUUGUUACCUCGCUGCUGAUUCCAUUUCUUGUGGUUUGUUUGCGUAUUCCUGUUGACGCAGAGACUGAUGAAAGAAUGUCUGCUUCUGAGGCUUCCAAGUUCAUCUUUUCACAAAUGUGGUCGUCUGUAAUCAUGAUCCUGUUGGGAGGCUUUACGCUUGCCGCUGCACUAAGCAAAUACCAAAUAGCAAAAAUCCUUGCCACCUCAAUUCUUAGUCGUGCCGGUACCAACCCUCGUGUUGUUCUUUUGACGCUCAUGUUCGUUGCUACUUUCUUAAGUAUGUGGAUAAGUAAUGUAGCUGCACCUGUGCUGUGCUACUCUUUGGCUCAGCCUUUACUUCGUACUCUACCUGAAGGAGAUGGAUUUGCUAAGGCUAUCAUUCUAGGUAUUGCCUUAGCUUCGAACAUUGGUGGCAUGGUUUCACCAAUUGCCAGUCCUCAGAAUAUUAUUGCUCUUGAAAAUAUGGACCCUGCCCCUUCAUGGGUUCAAUGGUUUACAAUUGCCAUUCCAGUUUCCGCUGUAGGUCUCUUGCUGAUUUGGCUAUUUCUUAUCUUUACUUUCCCAACCGGAAAAGGUGCCAGUGCAAUCCCUCAUGUUCGUGCCAGUGACGAUCGAUUCACGUUUGUACACUACUACAUUUGUGUUGUUUCUGUGGGUACCAUCGUCCUAUGGUGUUUUUCACAUCAGUUAGAGCCAUAUGUUGGAGAAAUGGGAGUGUUAGCUUUAGUACCUGUAGUACUAUUAUUUGGUCCUGGUUUGUUGUCAUCAGCUGACUUUAACAAUUUCUUGUGGACAAUUAUUGCCCUUGCCAUGGGUGGUAUUGCUCUUGGUAAAGCUGUAUCAUCAUCGGGACUUCUCGCAGCAAUUGCACUACAAAUUGAAGCUCUUGUUCGUGGAAUGAGCUUAUUUAAUGUCAUGCUUGUAUUCGGGUUCAUGAUAUUGACAGUUGCAACAUUUGUGUCACAUACUGUGGCUGCUCUGAUUGUUCUACCAUUGGUUAAGUCCAUUGGUGAACAGAUGCCUGAUCCUCAUCCACGUCUAUUGGUCAUGGCAUCGGCCCUACUUUGUUCUGCUGCAAUGGGUUUGCCAACCUCUGGCUUUCCUAACGUCACCGCCAUUUGCAUGACAGACGAGCUUGGAAAGCCAUAUUUAACGGUCGGCAGCUUCAUUUCUAGAGGUGUUCCAUCCAGUAUCCUGGUUUAUCUUGUCAUUGCUAGCUUGGGAUAUGUAUUAAUGUCCAUUGUAGGAUUUUAA